GUCAGUUGGGGGGCAAGACGUGCUUGUAGUCCCAAAGGAGCCGUCGCCGGGGGCAGAGAGGCCAAUGGUGGGGUGGUUGCCUUAGAUGGGUGCAUGUCGUUGUUUUUCUUUUUUGGAACCAGUGAAAGCUUAAGACCCAUUUUACAGUCGGUAUAAACGCUUGGCCAGGCCCGUCGUUGUAGGAGAGGGCCCGAUGGGAUUUUUGGAAACCCCCUGUUGCCGUUUACGUCAGUUAUCUUCGACCACGCUAAAAAAAAAAAAACAAUCAGUAAACGAAACGUCACUCUUUCGCCACCUUUUAAAAAGCAUUAAAAGGCACGGGUUUUCUAGUCGGAGGAGAAAAUGUCCGUGUUCUACAGCCCUGAUUUACGCGAGGGAAAGGAAACGGAACCUUCGUUAUAGGCUGUCGUUCCUUUGAGGAGUCCGGACGACUUUCAGCGUUGGACUCGGCGGCGUAGAACUCGGGCCAAAAGACGGCGGCGAUUUCAAGGUGAGCGAAGGGGAUCGCAUUUGCAAAGGUUAAUUCCCGGUUGAACUACAGUACCCAUCAUCCCCAGUCUGCACUGGUAGAACGUACCCACACAUUGUCUGGGAAAGACCAUAAUCCACUCUUUUGGGAAUGAGAAUUACGUGAAACUAUUGGUUACAAGUUAGGGGUGAAUUUACUACUACUUUAAGGAAGCAGAAAGCCAAGACGACGGAGAAGGAUAGAAACGGAGCGAACUGAGUGCAUUGCCCCAUUCGGUAAACGGCAUUAAUCAGAAAUAGAUACCGGCUUGUUUGGAUAAGGGAAGCGACUCAUCAAUAUUCAUUUAUGGCUUCAUUUCUCAAAAUGCUGGAUUUUCUCUCUUUGAUAAAUAAACACUAUUGCCAAAGUAGCUUGUGCAGGACCCUUGCAACUGGUCACCAUGCAAGGUGGUACAGUGGCUAUGAGAGACCCGGAACAUCUAUUGAGAAAAUUUCACCACGGAAGACAAUUGAUAACUUUAAGAAUGUAGUGGAAGAACUCAAAACACAAUGCGGGCUUGUAAAGAAAGAGGUAGUUGAUUUUAUGAAAGGGUUUGACCAAAAACCAAUGGAAGAUUUUAUAUUUAAUCAGACAAAAGUAGUAUGGGAAUUUCGUAGUGAAGAAGAUAUAAAUAAAUGGGCACUUGGUUCUGACGCAGCGAUUGGAGGGAAAAGUGAAAUUUCUAUAAAGCUAGAUAAGAAUAAGCAGUAUGCUAUUGUGUCUGGGAACCUCAAUACUACUGUACCUCAUGACGGAGUGACAAAAUAUAGUGGAUAUUGUGCCAUGGUAUCAAAACCAGAAAUGCUUGCUUUUCAUCGGACAAAGUUACAUGACUGGUCAAAUUUUAAUAGUCUAUAUCUGCGUGUCCGUGGUGAUGGUAGACCGUGGAUGUUAAACAUCAAUCCAAACAAAUACGACUUUACUUCAGUGAAGGAUGGUUAUAACUACUUCAUAUUCCCUCGAGGGGGGCCAUAUUGGGAGGAAAUCGAGGUUCCAUUUUCUAAGUUCUUUUUUACAAGCCAUGGGAGAAUCCAGGAUGGCCAGUAUGAAAUCUGGCCAGAUAGGAUCAGCACAUUGGGACUUACUCUGGCUGAUAAAGUAGAUGGUCCAUUCCAGCUGGAUAUAGACUUCAUUGGAUUGUUCAGUGACAAAUCGCAUACAGAGAAUUUUGCCUAUGAACUCUAUGAAAGAAAUCCCAAGAAAUAGAACAAGUGGAGGACAGUUGUUCCUUUCAGUUUAGAAUAUUUCUGUAAUUGCAUGCCAUUCAGUAGUAAGCUACAGUUGAAUACUGGACUUAUCAGUGAAUACAAGCUACAUAAGCAGUUAUGGAAAAACAACAAAAAUCAACAUAGUAAAAUAAGGACUCUAUCUAGCAUGCAGCCUUUUAGCCAUCACCUGGAUUUAAAUGGUGAUGGGAAGUAUAACUAAUGUGCACAUGCUCCCCAUCCCCCAAUUAAUAAAGAACAUCUGUAAAAGAACUGAGCUAUCCUACUUUUAACAUGUAGUUUUCUGACUUACAUUGACCAAAAGAAAACGACUGAAUUCCUUUUAGCUGAAGGAGAAAUGAAUUUAUUUUAUGGAUAUCAAAAUGUUGUACAUAAUAAAUUGAUUGCCCUCAAAUUGUUUGAUGUCUAGCAACUAGAUAUUCUCCAUGAUCUAUCCCUAACCUAUUUUAGAUCUUCCAAAAUUGUAUCCAUUACCACUAAGUCCAUCCACCUUGCUGUUCAUCAUUUUCCUAUCUUCCACUUUUUCCAGCAUUAGAGCCUUUUCCAGAAAGCUAGGUUUUCAGACAUGUCUGAAGUAGGAUAAUUUAAGCCUCUUCAUUUGUGACUCCGGUAAGAACUCUGGGCUGAUUUGUUUUGGGAUCCAUUGAUCAUUAUUAUUUCUUUGUCUAUCCACAUUCUCGAGUCUAAAGUUUAAAAGCGUGACUUCAUAUAACAGCAUCACUUGGAAUUGAACUGUUCCCAUUUGGUAAUCAAAUUUGACGGCUGUGGCCAGGGGGGGGCCUUCUAUCAGGUUCGCCUGAUUCGCCAGUUGCGUCCCUUUCUGGACCGGGACUCCUUGCGCACGGUCACUCAUGCCCUCGUCACUUCCCGCCUGGACUACUGUAAUGCUCUCUACAUGGGGCUCCCCUUGAAGAGCACCCGGAGGCUCCAACUGGUCCAGAAUGCGGCCGCGUGGGUGAUUGUGGGAGCGACAUGGCGCUCCCAUUUAACACCUCUCCUGCGUGAGCUGCACUGGCUUCCAGUGGUCUUCCGGGUGCGAUUCAAGGUGCUGGUUACUAUCUUCAGAGCGCUCCAUGGCUUAGGACCUGGGUACUUACAAAACUGCCUGCUGCUACCAAUAGCCUUUCACCGGCCAGUACACUCCCACAGAGGGGCUCCUCCGGGUGCCGUCGAUCAAACAAUGUCGACUGGCGACCCCCAGAGGGAGAGCCUUCUCUGUGGGGGCACCUCCCCUCUGGAACGAACUGCCCCCCAGGAUAUGGAGGAUUCCCGACUUGUGCACCUUUCGCCAUGCCCUCAAAACGUUUUUAUUCCAACAAGCCGGGCUGGCCUAAUUUUUUAACUUUUUUAAUUUUUUAAAAUUUUACAAAAGGUGUUUUAUUUGAAUAACUGGGCCAAAUUAUUUAAUAUGCUUUUAAAUCGUUUUUAAAUUUUAUAUUUGUGUGCUUUUACUUUUGGCUGUACACCGCCGAGUCCUUCGGGAGAAGGGCGGUAUAUAAAUUGGAAUAAUAAAUAAAUCUCACUGGUGCUUGGACAAGGACUCGACUUAAUCCAACCCAUUCCCAACAUGGUUCCCUCUCCCAGCCCCAAGGUUUGGUAAAGAAAGGGAUUGCCUCAUUUUCAAUUCACACCUACCUAUGGCUGCCCUGCACAGUAGCAGUCCUCAGUGGCAGUGGUGGCAAAAGUAAAGGCCUGCGGACUUAGUUUCGGCCUACUGCCUCUCGGCUUCAGCUUGUGUCACCGGACCCAAAGAUUGCCACCUCAAACCCUACACUGUGGCCAGCCACCUUAAUACCACAGUGCAAAGCCCCAGCAUCCCUGUAGGCCCUGCCAUACCCAAGUUGACUUCCAAUGUUUCACUAGUGAAGUAUGCCCAGCCUUAUCUUAUUUAAGGCAGUUGCUUGCCGCAUCGGGCCUUUUCCUCAAAGGUGUUUGUGCCAUUCUCCAAUUAUGUGUUGUAUUUAGGUAUCGGGUUUCUGAGGUCUUCUGAAACUUUGUGAUAAUGCCACAUCUACGGUCUCCAAAUUGCAAAUGCUGUUCUCACAAUGCUGUAGGAAGCUUCAGAAAGCGUCUAAUGCCUUCACACCUGCUUUUCUCCAAAUCAAUCAUGCCACUCUUAAGAUCAUUUGGAAGCCUGGGCAGCCAAACAGGCAGAAAUGUGGAGGGAGUCGAGAUAGGCAGGUGGAGGGAAUUGAAGCACUCCUGCAGCGUAAGAAAAAUGAUGGCUUGUAAGUGCCCAAAUUAUGACAUGACUCCUGCAUUGACAUUAACUUCAAGCACCUGACGUAAAUACUAUUUGUUGGGGAAAUUGCUGAAUAAAUGGUUGUUACACAAGGAA